CUGGUAGCUUAGAUAAGAUAAAGCUCCAGCGGAAGUACUUUUUCCUUUGUUUUUAUAAAUGUUGUUCCGGUUUCGUUUUUAUUUGAUGACCUGUACUAAUCAAAACCAAUCGUCAUAGAUCUAGGCUAGAUCUAUAGUCUACAUCUAGUCCUACUGAGGCUAACCUAAUGAAACAAAUAUCUUUUUUCUUAAAAGGGCUUUAAGCCUUCAUGUUAAUCGAUUGCGGUAGAUAAAACUAAAAAAACAGAAUCAAGAUAUAAUUAUAAUAAUUCUAGUCGUUGAUGAUGGGUAUAAUAACAUUUAUUCACCCAGACCUCGGUAUUGGAGGAGCUGAAAGAGCGGUCAUUGAUGCUGCACUCGCUUUAAAAUCUCGUGGACACAGUGUUCAGUUUAUAACGUCUCAUCACGACCAGUCACACUGUUUUCAGGAAACCAAAGAUGGAACAUUGAAAGUUUCAGUAGUUGGUGAUUGGUUACCUAGAACUAUUUUCGGAAAAUUUCAUGCUCUGUGCGCAUAUUUACGUAUGAUUGUUGCGGCUAUUUACUUUGUUAUAAGUGGUCCAAAAUCUGAUGUUAUAUUUGUAGAUCAAAUUUCAGCUUGUAUUCCUGUGUUAAAGCUUGCAUCAGCCAAAGUUAUCUUUUAUUGCCAUUUUCCUGAUAUGCUUUUGACUCAAAGAAAAAGCAUAUUAAAAACAAUAUAUAGAGCACCUAUUGAUUUCAUAGAGGAAAAGACAACAGGAUUGGCAGACCUUAUUCUAGUUAAUAGUAAAUUUACAGCUGACAUCUUUCAUAAAACAUUCACAAGUCUUGUGCAAGUAAAACCAGAAGUUUUGUAUCCUAUACCCGAUUUCUCUAACUUCGACAAACCUGUUGACCCUAUCUCAGCAGAUCUACUUCCAUUAAAGGCCAAAGAUUUUUUACUGUCCAUCAAUAGAUAUGAGAGGAAAAAGAACCUGACAUUGGCUAUCAAUGCAUUUGACACACUUCUAAAAAAGAAUCCUUCCCUUGAAGUACAUUUGGUAAUGGCUGGUGGUUAUGAUUCCAGAGUUGUUGAAAAUGUGGAGCAUUUCAAUGAGCUAGUUUCCCUAGCAAAAAAACUUGGACUGGAAGAAAGAAUUACCUUCCUGCGCUCUUUUAGUGAUUCUGAAAAACUUUCCCUCCUGACUAACAGCUUGUGUCUUAUAUACACACCAGAACAUGAACAUUUUGGUAUAGUUCCCAUUGAAGCUAUGUACAUGAAAUGUCCUGUUAUUGCCAUGAAAAGUGGUGGUCCACUUGAGACAGUUGAACAUGAUGUGACAGGGUUUUUGUGCAAGAAUGAUCCAGAUGAUGUCGCCUCAGCUAUGUACAAAUUUGUUGAAAAUAAAUUUUUGGCUAAAUCAUUUGGUGAAGCAGGAAGAGAGAGAGUUAAAAAACAGUUUUCUUUCAUCACUUUUACUGAAAAAUUAGAUUCUAUUGUUCAUGGACUCAUUGUUGAAUAAAUUUUGUUAAUUUUAUCUCAGUACUGGUACUUUAAAACAUACCUUGUAUUUUGUUUGUUUUCAUUUAAGUUAGGCUGGUCAAGGGAAAAGGUUAUACUUCACUAACAAUAAAUUAUGAAAUUUUAUGGCACUAUGUAUAUAUCUAUAUAUUCUUUUUUUUUUCUUUCCAUAUUACUUUCUUUCAGUAAUGUAUCAACUAUUAUUCUGGUUCUUAAUUUUUUUUUUUAAAUUUGAAAUGCUUUGAAUUUUUGUUAACAGCAUAGUAUCUAGAAGUGGUAUUUUUUGAAAAAUUAAGUUGUUGCAUGUUUAAAUUCUAAUAUAGUGGUACUAAAAUUUUUGACAGCCAGUCAGGUUAGUAUUUUUAUGUAAACAUUUUCCCACCCCCACCAAGUGCAGUAACUUAUAAAUUAAUGUUGACCCUUAAACCCCCCCCCCCCCCCCCCCCCCCAAUAAUGAUAUAACAUGCCAGUAUACUAAAAGCUUUAAAAAUAAUAAUAAUUGUACCUCCAGGAUCUGCAACCAAAAAUGUUAAUAAAGGAAUUUUUAAAAAUGUGCCAUUUUUCAUUCAUUAUCCAUGUAUCAGAAAUUUUCCAUUAUUUGCACAAAAUGCAAAUAGUUAGAAAAGUAAUAUAUGAAUUUUACUUUUUGGUGUUGCAUACUUUUGAAAAUUUAUGCAAUAAAUUAUAGAAAAAAAUACCUGUGCAGGAACAAAUUAGACUUUUCUUUUUAUCUGCUACAAUCGCCUAUUUUGUUUAUUAAACAUUCAUAAAAUUUUUAAUGGUUUUGAGUUGGGAUAGUUCAGUGUUGUGACACUUUCUUCGAACAGAAACUUUUGGUAUUGUACACUUUAAAAUAAAAAAAAAUGCCUCUUUUUUUUUUUUUACUGCUAAAUAGAUGUAUUUUAUCAACAUAAAAAUGAGAUAAUAGUGAUGAGAAGGUUGUAAAUACAAUGAUACUUUUCAUUCACAUCAUUUUGCUUUAUUGUGUAUAUGAGGGGGAAAAAAACAAUCCUGCUAUUCAGUUAAAAAUUGAAAUGCAGACUAAAUAAAUACAAUAAAUAAGAAUACACAUUUUUUUUUUAACAUUUAUUCCUUUAAAAAAAGUUAUUGUAGAUCAUAAUUGGCAAAAUGGUUGUUGAAAGAAACAACAGAGAAAAGAAUGUCUUGUUAAAAUGGUAAAUCAAAUAAUUAUCAAAAGUAUUUUAAUAUAAAAUUGUAAAAAAAAAAAAAAAAAUUGCCUAUAUCUUGUUAAUUCAAAAGGACAUUA